UAUAAAGCCAUUCGACAACAAAAACAAAAACUAAACUAACAACGCCAUCGUGGACACGAAGGAGUGAUCUAGGCCUACACCUGAAGUAAGGACGGGGUUGAGAUUUUCAGUUCUUACUAGGCUAAAAUUAAUGUGCACUGUUUUCUGCAUAAACGCACGUAUAGUAGAUUGGUCGGUCUUAUUUUACUUUUUACCUGUAUCUUUAUCCAGUCUGUCAUAAUCUGGGCCUUUACAGUCUUUGCUAUUGCAGUGAAGGGUUUAAAAAAGGCGUCUGCAAGUUGGCCUUAAUGGCAUCUUCAUUGUUUAAAAGAAAACUAGAUCUAAUGUAGUACAUUGAAAUGAUAAUACAUGUCAAUGUUGGCCUACAUGGUAAGUUUUUAGCCGCGAAUCGAAUAGGCAAAAUGACGAGCAUGAAAUUUUCUUUCAAGGGGAAAUAAGUCUAAAUAAAGGUUAAAGGUGAAAAGGGAAAGGUGAUCUUAAAAGUCUUGAACUUACCUCUAGCCAAGCACUUUGCACUUCGUGUUCCCAGUUCCCAGUCCCAGAGAGUUUUUAUACUUGAUGUAUUGACUCUUCCGUCUCUCACUCUGGUGUUCCACAGCUGCAGACCCAAGGUGCCGAUUGCAGUAAAGAACUUCCAAGUUCAACGCAUUCCAAAGUCAGCCUAGAACUAUGUCAAAGCUAGCAAAUUUCCGCGAGAUUGGGAGGAAAAUUGUGUGUGUUGGACGUAAUUACAGUGAACAUGCUGCAGAGUUGAACAAUCCUGUACCAACCAAGCCCAUUCUGUUUCUCAAACCCACUUCAUCAUAUGUAGCAGAGGGGUCUCCCAUCAAGAUACCUAAAGACUGUACCGACCUGAAUCAUGAGGUAGAGCUUGGCAUUGUGAUUGGGUCUCGUGCAUCUUGUAUCAGUGUGGAGGAAGCUUCACAAGCUAUCGGAGGCUAUGCCUUGGGAUUAGACAUGACUGCGAGAGACUGGCAGAAUGAAGCAAAGAAAAAAGGUCACCCUUGGAGCAUAGCCAAAGGAUUCGACACCUCUUGUCCCAUCAGUGCUUUUGUUGAAAAAGACAAGAUAAAAAAUCCCAAUGAGCUUGACAUCUGGCUGACAGUGAAUGGUGAGAAGAGGCAAUCUGGCAACACCAGAGACAUGAUCUUCUCGGUGGAGUAUUUGAUAAGUUACAUCAGCCAGUUCUUCACCCUGGAGCCUGGGGACCUCCUGCUGACCGGAACUCCCUCUGGGGUAUCUCGUGUUCAGCCCGGGGAUGUGCUCAAGGCUGGACUGGGAGAUGUCGUCAGCAUGCAAUUCAAAGUUGAGGCUUGACCACAAGAUUGACCAAAUCCUUUGUUGUAGUGAUAUGAAUAUAUUCAUAUUCUUUUAUCAUUUACUGUGAUUACAAUGGAAAUAAUAAUAUAUCUAACGAGCAGUCUUCUUCAUUUAAACUCUCAGAAACUAAAAGGUUUAUGUUAAUGUUAUGAAAAUGUCAUAAAGUGAAAACAAUUUUCAUUUAUCCUUAGCUUUUAAGCAUAGUUUGAUGUAGGUUGGGUUUUUUAAAACUUUUUUCUAACAGUCUUGGUUUUUCCUGGGUGUUUGUCAGAGGAGACGUAAUUCUUGCAGUUACUACAUACUCUGUAAAACUAUUCAUCAGUUAAGUUGUUUGAAUAGUUUUCUGUGAUGCUUACUGUUAUAUUUUAUAUCAGUGACAUAGGCACCAUGUCAUGAAAGGGAAUAUUCUUAUUUUUUAUGGGAAAAUGGUUCUUUCUGAACCUUCGUUCAUUGGUACUAAAGGUAGUUGUACUUGAAGUGUAUAAACAGUUAACAAAAAUGAAUUGUCAACUGAAAAGUUGUAGAGUGUUGACUAUUUCUUUUUGUUUUUUCCUUUGUCAGCCGGGAAGUUUUGUUCAUGUAUUCAAGAUCAGUAUAUAGUGACCAGACUUGUUCUAUAUCUAUUACUAUUGUUAAGCUGUCAUGUUGAUGAUGUGCACAUAAAAUUGCAAUGUAACAUGAAUUUGGGUGCACUACAAUAUCUUCAAUGGAAAACCUGCUUUGAAAAAAAAUUCUGUGAGGAUUGAAAUUCUACAAAUGCGUUAAUUUGUGUUUUUAGUCUUCUCUGUAUUGGAGUUUCUCAAAGUCGCCGGGUAUCUAAAAUAAAAUGAGCGAGAAAAUAGCCGCCAAAAUUGUGUGACUUCCAAAGCUUGAGAGUCCUUGGAAACUGCAAA